AAAGUACAUACAACGGAUGACAUGAUUCAAAAACACAAAUAUCUUUUCAAUCUUAUCACAUUUAUUGGAUUAAUAAUUAAUCCUCAAGAUGUACAGGUGCUGACAUUAAGAGCCGCUUUGUUUCGAACGGGAGCAAUAUCCUUUCUUGAGACGGAAUUAACCCGUUCACAAGCGUUUCUUCACAUGCAUCCUAAAACUCAUUUAUUAUGGAUGUAUCGACGCUUUUUAUUAAAUCGAUGUAUUCCUUUGACAACAGACCUAAUUAACAAAGAGACGUCACUUAUGUUACUUGAAUUAGAACGAACACCAUUCACAUAUUAUCCAUGGGUUCAUUGGCUUUGGAUCUCUAAAACCUUUCCAAACUCUGGUCUUUUGGACAUGUAUAAAACUGAAGAAAACACGCAAACUUUUUUUAAAAAAAGUAUAGGAUUGACCCCUUAUUAUUAUGGACCAUAUCACCACUUUUACAACUGGUUGGUUUCUCACGAGACGUUGAAUGAGCUUGCUCAAAAGUCAUUAAUCGACUUUAUUACCCUUCUAGUAACGCUUUAUGAAAAUUCUAAAGCGCUUCAUUUAUUUGUAAAUCUUCUUUACCUUCAGUACAACACUUUACCUAUAGGAUCCACUUUACGUGAUUUACUUAAAUCACCUUCGUUUAAAAAAUUUAAACCUUGUUUAUAAUUUUUUUCGUAUCACAACUACUUUCAUAUUCUUAGAAAACAAGGUUUAACGUUUUCAUUUGUGCGUUUUUUAUUUUCAAUACAUGACGCGUUAGUUUUCAAAUGGCGAAAUCUAUUUACUUUUAAACACGCCGCUAUUAUUACUAUAGUUUUACAAAAGGGUGACUUUUGUUAACAUAAAAAAUAUUCAUAGUGUUAUUUUUUUUAAAAACAAAAUAAUUUUUUUUCGUUAUUAACUCCAAAGUCAACAUGGUGUGAAAAUGCGUCUUGUUUCACUGCUUUAAGACUUGAAAAAAAAAUUAAUUCGCAUAACACAACAGCUGUGCUCUCUACGCAACUUUUACAAACCUUCUUGAACACCAUACUUUUUUUCACUGAAUUCAGUGAUGGAGUAUUGGCGACACAUUGAACAAAUUAUUAAAAAGACUUGCAGCUGUAAAAUGACCUGAGAUACCAGUUAGAAUUUUUCAUUAAUACACCUUCACUUGUUCAUUGAUUCGUGAUCGUUAAAUAUAAUUGAAAGCGACUUCUUUUUUCCUAGUCAUCCACUUGUUUGAUUCAAUGUUAUCGUACAACGAAAAAUCGUUUUACUUUUUUUUUUUUAAUUAGAACAAAUUCACCCUGAAGUGCUACAAUAGCUUCUUUUUUUUCUUUCAUGAGUCAAUUUAUUACAGCUGUCGUUAAAUUUUGGUCUAACCGUCAAUGGACUGAUCUCCCUGCGUCUUUUACGUAUGAAUUUAAAGAAGAAAUUAUCCUACCUUUUCCUUCAAUCUUUCAUUUACAUAAUGGGCUCAAUACAAUAACUAAAAACAAUGUUUCUAUUUUUGUGUUUCCCAAGAAAAAAAGUGAAGAUACAACUUCUCUGAAGCCUAACACAUUUACUACCCAUUUAGAAUACGCUAGGAAUGCCUUAAAAUACUCAAGAACAUUACUACAUCCUUACCUUUUACGCGUUUAUGAGGCUGUGGAAGUCAGUAGUGGCAUUUAUAUAGUAACAGAAGCUGUAACACCUUUAUGCUUAUCAUGUUGGCUACCUGAUAUAUCUUGGGGUCUUUACCGCCUCACAAGUACCUUACAGUUUUUCCAUGAAACGUGUAAGGUGGCUCACAAUCUUAUAUCCCCUUACGCUGUCUAUGUCACCAAUGAUACCGCGCAAUGGUGCUUGGGAAACUUUGACUGUGUCGAUUCCAUUGAACACACCAGCAUAUCUUCAAAAUUUCAAGAUCAUCCGUUAUACACGUCACAAAUAUCCGUUUCUAUACCCGACUGUCAAAACACUGUCAUUGAUAGAUGGCGCCUCGCUCACAUUAUUCAGUGGGCGUCUCACUCUAAAAAAAGUUCUUACGCUAUGACAGCACGUUCUUACUGCGACUUUCAAAAUGUCUCCUUCACCAAACCUUCUGCUUUACGCGAGUUAUAUAAGGAACUUUGUAAAGGUGUAACAUCUCGUCGAGGCUCUAUCAAAACUUUAAAAGAAAUACUACACAAUACAUCGCUUUAUUUUAAUACUCAACUCGUGCUUGCGAUGAUGUUUUUUGAUCAGUUUAGCCUGAAAAGUGACGUUGAAAAAAAAGAUUUUUUUGAAACAUUACCAAAAAUGUUAGACACCAUCCCCUGCGAUUGUCAGUUUUUUCUGUUGUUACCCCAAAUCACUAAACUUGUACAGACAUCAGAUCAAAUGGAAACAUUAGCUUUAUGUAUACUUUACAUUGGUGAAAAUAUAAAAACAACUUAUUAUGAUGACAUUCAAAGAGAAAUUUAUUCAAGCACUGUUUUGCCCAUUCUUCUAGUUUUACUUCACAAAACCAAUCGUGCUCUUCGAUAUUUACUCUUAAAAAAUUUAGAAUUAUAUUAUCACUACUUUAAAACAGAGCAGAUUGAAGAUAUUUUCAAACCUGUAUGCUUAGGUCUCUCUGAUUCCACUGUUUCUCUAAGGGUAUCGACACUCACUGCUCUUACAAUUUUGUUACCAAAAGUCACCAAUACAAAACUUAUUGAUGAAGCCAUUCAACAAAUUUUUCAUUUAAGCUGUAAAGAUACAGAGGUGUCCUCGAGAUUUCAAGCCUUACAAUGCCUACGUUCUUUAUAUAAUGCAUCCAUUCUUUCACGACAAACAAAUAAUUUUUUCCAAUCUCUUAUUCAUUCUACGCAAGAUGGCAAUGAGGAAUGUCGACAAAUGGCUUUAGAGACUCUUUCAUUAAGUCUUGACGGGGAACUAACCCGUGACGACUAUGUCAUUCUUAUGAAACAAGUGGCUCCUUCUUUCUGUAUUUGCUCAACAGAUAAAAAUACUAUUGUGCAAGCUACAGCUUUUUGUGCGUUGGAAAAACUCAUUUUAAAAGCAAGACAGUUUGUUCCACCAUUACAAUGCACUCAACCAGAUGCUCCCAAAACCCCUCAAAUAUGCUCAAUCGUCCCUUUAGCCGCUCUGGAUAAUGAAUCUUCUAUUUCUAGUCCUUUACAAGGAGAAGAAAACUCUUUACUUGAUUCAAAUCUACCUUUUUCUUUACCGAGUCUUUCUAAAAUUGGAAUACCUUCACAAAACAGUUUUAUUGAAAGCCCUGAUCACCAAUCAGAUGCAACUCUCACAACUCAUUCAUCUUUAUCUUUUCACAAUUGCCAUCAAUUCUUAACUCCAGAUGAUCAAAAUUGUACCCCUCAAAAUAGUGGAAAAGAUAUUAAGGUUAGCCCUUUAUCGACCACUUUUCCAAAAAAACCUUCCAAUCCAACUACUUCAACUACUAAGUUACAAGCAUCACCAAAUAUGUCUAAAAAAAUUAGUGACAGUUCUUUUGAAAGCAUCAAAGUGUCUACUUUAUCAUUUUGGGAAGAUUUCGAUGUUAACCAAACAAAUAACUCAGUCAAAGCUAGCGAGAAUAAUGUUGACGCCAUUAAAAAAAUUUUAGCAGCUCGUCAAAAAAAUUUACGAUAGCUUUUCAAAUAUUUCAAAUAAUAGCUAGAGAUUUAUUUGGUAUUUAUACAACAUAAUAAAAAAAAUUGUAAUAUACAUAUAAUUUUGAUAAACGCUUUUUUCAUGUUUCGUAAAGGUUCAAUUUGCAGCCACCCUGUUAAUCACUAUUUUAAACAUGGUUACUCUUUUUCUUUUUUCUUUUUUGGAUUUUUUUAAAAUCAAAUAUUGGGUUAA